AUGACACGAAGAGGUCCGUAUGUCCGCCACUCGUUCGAAGUGAGGAACAGGAUACUGACUGUGUAUGAAGAAGGAAACAACUGGAAGCACCUCGCCAAUUUACUUCACGUGAAAUGGAGCACUUGCCGCAAUUGGAUAAGAAUGCUGGAGUCGACCGAACCACGAGGUCAACACGGUGGGGCUCGUUGCAGAGCGAUGACAGAGAGCCACGUUCACUCUCUGGUUGAGUGGGUGUCGGCGGAAUCCACCAUAACCCUUGCAAAACUCCGCUUGCGCUUGAAAGCUGAGUUCGACGUUGAUGUCUGUACCAGUACUGUUGCCAGAUACCUUGACGGGCGAUUGAUAACGAUGAAGAAGUUACAUACAAUUCCUGAAUCCCUGAACACGCAGGUGAACAAACAGCGACGGAAAUUGUUCGUCCUUCAGAUAUUAAAUUUUCAAGCGGAAGGAAGGGAACCGAUAUGGAUCGACGAGACGAACUUUCAUCUCUUUUGCGCACGAACUCGGGGCCGUUCACCACGUGGGAGUCGAGCACAGUGUACUGUGGCAAACAGUCGCGGGCAAAAUGUGCACCUUGUCGGAGUAAUGACAAAGGACGCAUUGAUAGCGUUCUCCUUUUUACAUGGAAGCUACAAUAAACAAAGAUGUGCGCAGUGGCUGCGACAGUUGCUAGAUGAACAAGGUGCAGAUGUUAUCGAACG